AGAUAUAUAUAUUCUUAGCCAAGUCGUAAAGGAGGACGGAGGUGGAAUAAAGAGGAAAUUUAGGGGCUGACUCCCAGGGUUUCAGUUUCGGGGCCGUGAACCUCAAGCAGGCUCGGCCCGGAGGCGCUGCCCGCCCGCCCAGGGCGCGGUUAGGGCCGGGGAGGGGACGCCCCCGCUCAGCGGGGCCGCAGCCGGAGCCGCCUCCGGGCCCCCGCGGCUCCCCCGGGCUGCCUCUCGGCGGCGGGCGGGGGGGCGGCAGGAAGCGGGGCAGCCCCUCAGCCGCCGGGGGCCGCGCGGCGCACCCGGAAGCGGUUAGGCCGGUUGCAGGGGGCGGUUGGCGGCGGUUGGCGGCGCGCUGGCUGGCUGGCUCGCAGGCGCGUCCCGCUGGCGGCCGCGGGGCUCAGGGUAGAGACGCGGCCCGGCCCGGCCCGGCCGCCCCGCAGCCCGCGAUGCCCUCGGACUGCCGGCUGCGCUGGCGACGCCGCGGGGCAUGGUGAGCCCGGGGCGGCCGCUCCCCGCGGGGACCCGGCAAGCGGCCUCGCUGCUCCAACUCAGCCUUCUCCUCCUGCUGCUGCCACGGGGCAUCGGAGCGCAGAAAGGUGAUGGAUGUGGACACACCAUUCUGGGCCCUGAAAGUGGAACUCUUGCUUCGAUAAACUACCCACAGACCUCUCCCAAUAGCACAGUCUGUGAAUGGGAAAUUCGUGUAAAGCCUGGACGGCAAAUUCAGCUCAAAUUUGGUGAUUUUGAUAUUGAUGACUCAGAUUCCUGUCAUUCCAGUUACUUAAGAGUUCACAAUGGGAUUGGCCCCACCAGGACAGAGAUAGGAAAAUACUGUGGGUUUGGCUUUCAAAUGGAUGGUUUAAUUACUUCAAAAGGUAAUGAAGUCACAGUACAGUUCAUGAGUGGAAUACACACUUCUGGACGUGGAUUUCUCGCCGUUUAUUCGACCACUGACAAAUCAGACCUAAUUACCUGUUUAGACAAUGCAAGCCACUUUUCCGAACCAGAAUUCAAUAAGUAUUGUCCAGCUGGUUGUGUGAUUCCUUUUGCUGACAUUUCAGGCACUAUUCCCCACGGAUACAGAGAUUCAUCGUCGCUUUGUAUGGCUGGUGUUCACGCAGGCGUUGUGUCAAAUACUCUGGGUGGCCAAAUUAACGUGGUAAUCAGCAAAGGCAUUCCCUACUAUGAAGGCUCCCUGGCUAACAAUGUCACCUCAAAAGUGGGACCAUUAUCUACAAGUCUCUUCACAUUUAAGACGAGUGGUUGCUAUGGGACACUGGGGAUGGAAUCUGGGGUAAUCCCUGAUUCUCAGAUCACGGCAUCAUCUAUUCUUGAGUGGUCUGACCAAACAGGACAGGUGAACAUUUGGAAACCUGAAAAUGCCAGACUAAAAAGGGUUGGUCCUCCUUGGGCUGCUUUUAUCAGUGAUGAACAUCAGUGGUUGCAGAUUGACUUGAAUAAAGAGAAGAGAAUAACAGGUAUUAUAACUACUGGAUCAACCUUAGCAGAGCACUAUUAUUAUGUCUCAGCCUACAGAAUUUUAUACAGUGAUGAUGCACAGAAAUGGACAGUGUACAGAGAACCUGGCAUGGAUAAAGAUAAGAUAUUUCAAGGGAACACUGAAUUGUACCAGGAAGUUCGCAAUAAUUUCAUUCCACCUAUUAUCGCACGUUUUUUUAGGAUUAACCCCUUAAAAUGGCACCAGAAAAUUGCAAUGAAAGUAGAAUUGCUGGGAUGUCAGUUCAGUUUAGGCCGUGCUCCUAAAAUCACCAUGCCACCACCACCACUGAACAAGAAUGACAAGAAUGAGGACUUCAGUGAUGACUUCAUUCAUUCGGUGAAGACUUCACUGGAGACAGAUAAAACAACUUUCACACCUGAAAUAAAAAACACCACAGUGACUCCAAGUGUAACUAAAGAUGUGGCCCUGGCGGCAGUUCUGGUUCCAGUGCUGGUGAUGGUCUUCACUACUCUGAUUCUUGUAUUAGUUUGUGCCUGGCAUUGGAGAAACCGCAAGAAAAAAACAGAGGGCACUUAUGAUCUACCUUACUGGGAUCGUGCAGGAUGGUGGAAAGGAAUGAAGCAGUUUCUCCCAACCAAAUCAGCAGAACAUGAAGAAACUCCCGUGCGCUACAGCAGCAGUGAAAUUAGUCACCUAAGACCAAGAGAAGUCCCAACAAUGUUGCAAACAGAAUCUGCAGAGUAUGCUCAGCCACUGGUAGGGGGAAUUGUCGGCACGCUUCAUCAGAGAUCAACCUUUAAACCAGAGGAAGGGACAGAAGCAAGUUAUGCUGAUUUGGACCCAUACAAUUCACCCAUACAAGAAGUUUACCAUGCUUAUGCUGAACCACUACCUAUAACCGGACCAGAAUAUGCAACUCCAAUCAUCAUGGACAUGUCCAGCCAUCCCAGCACACCGCUUGGCGUUCCUUCCAUUUCCACCUUCAAAGCUGCAGGGAAUCAAGCUCCUCCACUGGUGGGAACUUACAAUAAACUCUUAUCUAGGACAGACAGCGCGUCAUCAGCACAGGCGCUGUAUGAUACACCAAAGGGGCAACCGGGGCCAGGCACUGCCGACGAAUUGGUGUACCAGGUACCACAGAGCGUGGCCCACUCCACUGGGAGUAAGGAUGAACUAAGCUCCUAAGUAAGGCAGAAUGAUGGCUUGUUUUUUAAAAGCCAGUUCCAUAAAACUGACUGUUUUCAUUUUUAAUUGCAUUGUUUUGAUAUUCUUAGUCUUAAAUACGAUGUUGAACCAAAAGACGUGGUACUGGAGGUCCAGGAAACCAGUACUUCUGCCUUUCCUUAAGCUGUAUAUAUAAUUACAGCAUGUUUCCUGCAAAACCAUGGAUGUUUUUAUUACUGCUGUACAAUUGUCUGCCAGACAUGAGAGAAGAACUCUUUGAGCUUACCUUCAGUAAUUCAUAGAUGUGAAUGAUUAGUUGGAAGAAACAGUUUAAAGUACGAAUGCCAAUAAUUUCUUGCUAAUGGUACUAUUUCUGAGGGAAAACAACCAACCAAACCAAACGUCCUGACUUUCUAAGAUCUAAGCACUGUAGCUUCUAAAAUUCAUUUUACUUUGUAAAAGGCCUGCACAACUUUGGACUUUAAAAAUUACUACCAGGACUGAUGGCAAAAAUUCCGUUAACUUCAUGGCAUGAAGUAGUUUUGAUUCCAAAUUAUGUUAUUUCAGCUUUUGUUCACAGGAUUAGGCCUCAACAGCUUUGUGUUCCUCAGAAGUUACCCAACACUUUUGUUAGCCUUCCAGAACUAGAAUUUGCUGUCUGUCCAAUCUGUUUUCUGCCUCAUUUCCUCAGGCCACUCAGUCUUGCUCCUUCUUAGGGAUCCAGGGGGCACAGACUAAGUCAUACAAGCACACUACAUGGCAACUGCUUUUACAUUUUUCCCUACUAAGUGAAGGCUACUCUGAAUAGCACCUGCCUCAAAUUCAGACUUCCCUGAUGGUCGAAGUGUUUGAGGUGACUGAGUUCAGAAAGGUUCUCCCUCUUCCCCUGCCCUGCCCCUCUCCUGAGUAUCUCUUGAUGUGUGUUAAGAUGUGAGCAUAUACUAUGGUAUGUAUAUACUUUUGUGAGUGCUUAAGGAAGCACACAAAUAUUCUAAUGGUGCACAGUUUGUGUUAUACAUGCAUUUAGCACAUAUGGUACGUUUUAGCACAACUGAAAAACUUUAGCCUUGGGGCUUAUGAUUGUAUGUAUUAGAAGUAUAAAAGAUUCCAAAACCUUUGCAAGAAAACCAGUACUGUUCCAAAGAGUGCCCAUUACAGAAGUGUUUAAUGGAAUUGUAUCCUUUGCAUGUCCCAGUGUCAGUCUCAAUUUGAGAUAACAUUGACUAGUUUUAGCUAGGUAAUCACAAAAUGAGAACAAUUUGGAUGUCAUAGUUGCCAUUUUUUAUCUUGUUAGAAACAAAGCACAGCUUUUUAACCUAAGUAGUAGAAAAAAAUCCACAAUUAAAAAUGUUUUAUUUUUAUUGUAACAGCACUGGUGGGAGGAUGCUGAAUUAAUUUAUACAUAGGAAACCCCCUGCCUACACAUUAGCCCAGUUUUAUGGACUUCAGUGGUUACUGUUUGUUUCUGUGAUGCAACUCACAUCAGCCUCGUUUAUUGCCCAGGGUCCUUAAACUAGGUGGAGAACACCCAAAUUGAAACUAAAAUACUGUUCAGGAGGGCUGCCACCAGUAUGGUAACUUACCACUUGAAAAUUUGAUUCCACAGGGGCUCUAUAAACUCGGUAAUCCAGAAUUACUUUGUGGCCUGUUCAACAUCCAGAAUAUGUUAUUACAUAGUCUGUGCUGCCUUAAAGCCCAAGUCUACAUAUUUUUGAUCACUUAUUCUCAGUCAUUGAGUUUUUUUCUUUUUAAGAAUUGGGUGUCUAAGCCUAAAUGUGAAUGUAAGUAAGGGUGGUAUACAAGACCCAUUUAUGAAAAAUAAAUUCCUGCCUAGAGUUGUAUUUUUGCUGUUAUUGCAACUUUUUCUGCUUGUUAAAGCUAGUCUACAAUCUUUGUAGUUUUGCUUAAACUGAUGUUUUCUUUCCCAUCAGCAGCAAAUAUGACUUUGAAAUUAUCUGAGCUUAUUUUAUUUGAAAGGAGUGGGGAGUUGUUUCCACCAAGAUGUGACAUACUUAUUCCAGCAAGAAACCUCUGCAUUCUCAAACAGAUUAGGGUAUGCUAUGACCUGUUCAACACUGAUGCCCAAAUGAAAGUUGCAUGAUGCAUUUAAGAUCAGCAUUCUCCUGUGCACAGUACAAGCAGAGGUACAUUUAAUGGGUCUCUCUUACAUGUGAUAACAUAUGGAUAUAAAAUGUAUUUCAGUCUUGUUUGACUUGAGUAUUCUCCCAGAAUGUAUGUUCUUACCUCAGCAUGUAUUGUAGUUGCUCAGUAUUUGUAUAUGUUGCUAGAACUUAGACUGUAUAAAUAGUGAGGGAUUUUUAUAUGUAUUAAAAAGUAUUUUAAAUAAAUUGUACAUACGUAUA